CUGACGUUGAGCUGAUUCGGUGGCCAGCCAAAAGCCCCGAUUUAAACCCCAUUGAGAACGUUUGGGGUCAAAUGGUUCUCAAUUGGGAUCCAAACGAUGUCCGAAACAAAGAAAAUUUGAGUGGAGUGGUAUUUCAAACUUGGAAACUUUUAAGAGGAAGUGAAAUGUGUUGGAAUAUGGUGGCGAAUAUGCAUUCCAGGAUUAAUUUAGUCCUAGACAACGGAGGAGGUCACAUCGGAUAUGACGCAUGGACUACGCAUGAAGAGUUGCCUUGCUUAACCAUUGGUGGCCUUUGCGUCUCGUCCACGGAUUGCCAAGAUGCAAAUCGCGUCCCAGUUAAAGGCCUGUGUCCACAACAACAGAAAAAUGGAAUCGAAUGUUGUUAUGCUUUGCCAUUCUCGGAAACUCGAUGUCAGAAACGUGGAGGUGAAUGCGUAGAAAAACAGCAAAAGUGCCCUCCAAACCUCAUAUUUUCACGAGCCACAGAUUGCGGCGAGAGGGAAAAUUGUUGUAUUUUGGUUAAUUAAUUUGCUGCAUAUAAACACUAUCUACCUAC